AUGGCCCCCACUGCUGCCCAACAACUCCAGCUUUUGCUAUCCGGCGGCUCCAGUCGCAAAACCGUCCUCCUCUUCGGCUGCCAAUCACUCGAUUUCAACGCCCACCAUUUCCGGUGCCUCCGACGCGUCGUCCUCGACUGCCCCGAACAUCAUUGGGUCUUGGAUGUUUUGGCUGAGUUGCCUGUCUACUGGCGGACCGCGACCAAAUAUGUGCCCCGGUUGCAGGAAGCCAUUCCUGGGGCGGAGGGACAGCUGCGCGAGCUGAGUCGGUGGUUUCGGUGCCGGGAUGAGAAUGUCCCUGACCAGUCUAGUUUCCCCCUGCCCUACCUGCAACAUGCACCCCUGUUUAUGAUACAUCAUCUCACCCAGUACUCGAGUUACUUGCGCAUGACCUAUCCCCCCGAGGGGUUAAGCUUAGAUGGUGGUGGCCCGGUUGUGGAAAUUGUUGGCUUUUGUAUUGGCUUUUUGAGCGCGGCGGUGGCGGCGUCGGUGACGGGCCAGGCCCAGCUCUCGACGUAUGGUGCGGUCGGGAUACGCUUGGCAACGCUGUUGGGGGCUAUGGGUGAUGCUCAAGAAAGGGAUCAGAGGUAUACUUCGAUUUCGACGGUGUGGAAGGACCCUGGGCUGGAGCAAGAGCUGCCUCGCGUGUUGGAACAGUAUCCUGAGGCAGUGCUGAGCGUGCGAGUGUGCGAGGUGCAGACAUACAUUACCGUCUGCUAUGAUGAAAACCGUGUCACCGUCAUGACGCCCCGGAGCGCCCUGCUUCCUCUGCAACAAUCCCUCCGAUCGGCCGGCUUCGCUGCGUACCACAUUGAUUUCAACGGUCGCUACCACUGGACAGGCCAUCAGAAGACACUGGAUGCGCUGUAUCAGAUGUGCGAUGCGGACCCGGCGCUUCAACUCCCCGACGCCUCUCAGCUGCUACGUCGCACAUGGACCAACAUCAGCUGCGAGCCGGUCUGCAAAGGCCCCCUGCACCGGCUUGUCCUCCGCUCGGUCCUUUCCCAGCAGUGCAUGUGGUAUCAGACAUUUUCUGCUGUGCACCGGUCGCAUCUGGAGAACACGGACGUCGUCGUGGUCGAGUUUGGUCGGGAGCGCUGUGUGCCCCCGUCGUUCAUGGCGAGUCUGCGCAACCGCGUCGCCCAUUACGAUGACUUGGAGCUCGACUCGUUCUCGCGCAUCACGCCCGCCUACUCGACUCGCGUCUAUGACGAAGAUAUUGCAGUGGUGGGCAUGGCCUGUCGGGUCGCAGGCGCGGAUGACCUGGACGAGUUUUGGCAGCUUCUUUGCGCUGGGGAGUCUCAACACCGAGAAAUCCCACCGGAGCGUUACAAGGAUUAUGAAACACCCUGGCGCCCAGAUGCCACUCGCCCGUGGAUUGGGAAUUUCAUCCGGGACAUCGAUGCCUUUGACCACAAGUUCUUCAAAAAAGUUCCGCGGGAGGUCAUGUCUCAAGAUCCACAACAACGCUUGCUCCUACAGGUCGCCUACCAGGCACUCGAACAGUCCGGGUACUUCCACAGGAACACCACCAAAGACAUUGGGUGCUAUGUCGCCUGCUGCACGGUCGACUACGAGCACAAUGUCAACUGCCAUCCGGCCACCGCGUAUGCCGCCACCGGCCUCCUGCGAAGUUUCAUCGCCGGUAAGCUGAGCCAUUAUUUCGGAUGGCAUGGGCCAGCGCUAUGCGUCGACACGGCGUGCUCAGGGUCGACAGUCGCUCUGCACCAUGCGUGUCGGUCAAUACUCAAUGGAGACUGCAAGGCCGCGCUGGUCGGGGGUGCCAAUGCCAUCACCAGUCCCCUGGGCUUCGAUAACCUCAACGGGGCGUCGUUUCUCUCCCCGACCGGCCCCUGCAAGCCGUUCGAUGCCAAGGCGGAUGGCUACUGCCGCGGCGAGGGUUUUGCGGCGAUCGUCAUCAAGAAAAUGUCCGAUGCUCUUGCCGCCGGAGAUCCAAUCCUGGGCACCAUCGCCGCAACCGCGGUUGAACAAAACGACAAUUGUACCCCGGUCGUGGUACCCCAUGCACCAUCCCUGGCCACGCUGUUCGGGAAAGUAACUCAACAGGCGCGCAUUCACCCACGCGACAUCUCAGUCGUAGAGGCUCAUGGUACCGGCACCCAGGCUGGUGAUCCGGCAGAGUAUAGCAGCGUGCGCCAGGUGAUGGGCGGGCCGCAACGGACAUCUCCUCUUGCCUUGGGAUCGGUCAAGGGGCUAGUGGGACACACUGAAGGCGUUUCGGGCAUGAUCGCUUUGGUCAAGGUGCUGCUCAUGAUUCAAGAGGGCAAAAUCCCGCCACAGCCGAACUUUCAGACACUCAACCCGCACAUCCAAGCAACAUCGGAUGAUCAAAUAGAAAUUCCAACUCAACUUAAGCCUUGGACAGCAGAGUAUCGUGCCGUCCUGAUCAAUAACUAUGGCGCGUGUGGGUCGAACGCCUCUAUGGUCGUCACUCAGGCCCCGCUGACAAAAGGACUACCUUCUGCUAUCCACGAUACCGGCCUUUUCCUACCAUUCCGGCUAUGUGGUCUGGAUGAGAGCCGUCUCCGUGACUACGCACGGCGACUCCAACAUUUCCUUCAUCGCAAAGCCCUGUCUGCACAACAUGCCUCCUUAGCCAACAUUUCCUUCAGCGCAGGGCGCCAGUCAAAUCCGACUCUGGACUGCCAACUUGUCUUCAGCUGUGCCUCAAUGGCUGACCUCGAUGGAAAGCUGUCAUGUGUUAUUGAAGGGCGUGACACCCACUUUGUCCGCUUAAAAAAGCCCGUGGCACCUGUCGUACUCUGCUUCGGGGGGCAAAUGUCCACCUUUGUGGGAUUAGAACGCGCUGUAUACAAGUCCGUGCAUGUGCUACGCGAUCACCUCGACGAAUGCAACCGUCUGAUCGUGUCUUUCGGGUACCCGAGUCUUUUCCCCGGCAUCUUUGAGCGCAUUGCCAUUGCAGACCAGGUCAAGCUGCAGACACAGCUUUUCUCUUUGCAGUAUGCAUGUGCUCGUUCUUGGAUUGACUGUGGUGUUCCCGUUUCUGCGGUUGUCGGUCAUAGUUUCGGCGAGCUGACGGCCAUGUGCGUGUCUGGUGUGCUGUCUCUCCAGGACGCCUUGACCUUGGUAGCCCGCCGAGCUGUGCUUAUCCGGGACAAUUGGGGGACAGACUCUGGCGGCAUGAUAGCUGUUGACGGCGACCGUCUUGAGAUCGAUAACCUUUUAGAGUGUACCAAGACCAUUCUUACCGGUGCAGCCCCAGCGGAAAUUGCUUGCUUCAACGGCCCUCGUAGCUUCACUUUGGCCGGUCCCAUGGUAGCUAUCAAUGCAGUGCAGCACACUCUUAUCACCCAGCCAACAUUCGCACAUCUUCGGUGGAAGCGAUUAAACGUAACCAACGCAUUUCACAGUGCCUUGGUCGAGCCACUGGCUGCUGACCUGAAGGAUAUAACGCAAGACCUGACACUCAACGAGCCAGCCAUUCACCUCGAGCGCGCGACCGAGCAGCCGUGCACUGGGAUCCCGCCUGCGAGUAUCGUCGCCGACCAUCUACGCCAGCCAGUAUAUUUCAGCCACGCCAUCCAGCGUCUUGCUGCGCGACACCGCUCAUGCAUCUGGCUAGAAGCAGGCUCCAGCUCGACCAUAACGGUAAUGACCAGUCGCGCCCUGGAAGCGACUGGCGCGCGUCAUCAUUUCCAGGCUGUCAACCUCACCGGGGAUAACGGAAUCCGGAACUUGACAGAUGUCACCAUAGCCCUCUGGGAAGAGGGUAUACCCACGACGUACUGGGCGCACCAUCCAUCGCAGACACCAGAGUAUGGGGUCCUGCUUCUGCCGCCAUACCAGUUCGAGAAGAGUAGGCAUUGGAUGGACAACAAGCCACUACCGAAAAUUGAACGCCAACCAAGUAGUGCUCCAGAUAAUCAGAAACUCGAGUUCCUUGGGUACCAGGACAGGCACCAGCUCAUCGCCAAGUUCCGAGUCAACACAGCGCAUCCGAAGUACCAGGAAGCUCUAUUGGGCCACGUAGGUGCGCAAACAGCUCCCCUUGCCCCAGCAUCGCAUAUGCUAGACAAUGCUGUCGAGGCCCUACGGAGCCUACCAGAAGGGAAAGGCAGGAUUCCGCAUGUGAGAAAUGUCACCAGUGAUGCACCGCUCGGUCUCGACAAUCGAGACGUCCUGAUCACGUUGCACGCGGAGAACGCGGAGAAGGCUGUCUGGGAUCUGAAGUAUACCAGUGAAGAUUGCCAAAAAGGCUCUUCCUCUCAAAUCAUCCAUUGUGCCGCCCGAAUCAAGAUGUGCCCACCGAAUGAUCCCACACUUGCUGGCGAAUUCGCUCGCUACAGUCGCCUCGUACAUCACGGACGGUGUCACGAGCUCCUCAAUGACCUAAAUGUAGACGAUGUUCUUCAAGGCCGCAACAUUUACCGUUACUUCUCCGAGGUUGUCGACUAUAGUGAGCUUUACCGCGGGGUGCGAAAACUAGUAGGCAAAGGGAACGAAUCAGCCGGACGCGUAGUCAAGAAAUACUCCGCCGAGACUUGGGCAGACACAUAUCUGUGCGACUCCUUUAGUCAGGUCGGCGGCUUCUGGGUGAACUGCAUGACGGACCGAUCACCAGCCGAUAUCUAUAUCGCCAGUGGUAUGGAGCAAUGGAUGCGCACACCGCUGUAUGCUGACCCAGAAACGCCACGCUCCGAGGUUUGGGACGUACUAGCAACACAUGACCGCUCAGAUGGUUUUUACACCAGUGACAUAUUUGUCUUUGACCCAAAGAGUGGAAGCCUUGUCGAAGCUUUUAUCGGAAUGCAAUAUUCGCGCGUGCCUAAAGCGAUGUUCUGCAAGAUUCUCAGCAAGCUGGGUCCGAGCGCUCCCCAAGCUCGACCAGAUGCACCACCAGCGGGUCAGGCGUCAGGGGGCAAUAGAAACCAGACUCCAAAUACAGGUGAAAGGGUGAGCCGCAUUCAAGACCUUCCGGCACGCAUCAAGUCAGUAGUGGCCGACUUUUGUGCCGUAAACCCCAGUGAAAUCCAUGACAACAACAACAUGGCAGAUUCGGGUGUGGAUUCCUUGAUGGCUAUGGAACUAGCGCGCGAGCUGGAGGAAGCGUUCAACUGUACGCUGUCGGCAACUGAUUUAAUGGAGGCGGAUACGUUUCGAGACCUUGUCCGUGCAGUGCAGAGCGCGAUGGGCAUGUAUAUCGAUGCCCCCCAAGACCGGCUGGAUAGCAGCACCGGAUCGGAUAGUGACGGCGACCAGGAGUCUGCAGCCAACACGCCUAGAACCGAGUCAAUCACCAGCAUCAGUACUGACAUGCCCGAGCUGCAAUUGGCAGAGGACCUGGUCCUUCAAGCCUUUGGCGAGACCAAAGCCUUGACAGACCGGUUCUUGUCUGAGAACCACUGCAGCGGGCGUAUCCACAGCUUCAAUCCGCUGCAGAUGCAGCUUUGCGUCACGCUGGCAUUGGAAGCAUUCGAGAUACUGGGCUCAUACAUUCGCACGGCGAAGCCAGGCCAACGCCUAGACCGCAUAUCCUACGAUCCCCAGCAUCAAGAGUUAGUUGACUACCUAUACCAACGGCUGGAGGAAGCCCGCAUAGUAGAUAUGGAAGAGACGGUUGCAAUUCGCACAGGGAUCACUUGGACCAGCAAGUCCAGUACCACCAUCCUCGAAGACAUUGGCCGUACUUACCCCGAAUUCUCAGGUGCUAGCAAACUGGCAUUCUACACAGGUAGCAAGCUAGCUGCAGUCCUGCGUGGCGAGCAAGACGGUCUGCAGCUUCUCUUUGGGACCAAGGAAGGACAAGAGCUCGUGUCUUGGAUGUAUGGCGAUGAAUCGCACAAUGUGACCGGAUACAAGCAGAUGCUAGAUUUCAUCCAGCGCCUAGCGCACAAGCUGGGCAGCCAGUCAGGGCCGCUGAAAAUCCUGGAGAUGGGCGCUGGCACCGGUGGCGGAACCAAAUGGCUGCUUCCCGGUCUCGCCAAACUUGGAAUUCCUGUUGAAUACACGUUCACCGAUAUCUCAGCCGCCUUUCUUGCUCAAGCUCGUCGCCGCUUCAAGGAAUAUACUUUUGUACAGUACCGAGUGCAUGAUAUCGAAAAGCAUCCUGCAGAGGAACUUGUCGGGACACAGCACAUCAUUAUUGCUAGCAAUGCUGUGCACGCUACGCCAAAUCUUCAGGUCUCCACGCGCUAUAUGCGAAAGGCGUUACGUCCCGACGGUGUCAUCAUGAUGCUGGAGAUGACCCGGCCUCAGUUUGCUAUCGACAUUGUCUUUGGACUCUUUCGUGGCUGGUGGGUAUUUAACGACGGGCGCACCCAUGCCAUUACCAGUGAGCAACGUUGGGAGGCAGAUCUCCAUGCUGUUGGAUAUGGCCAUGUUGACUGGACAGAUGGAUUUUCGCCAGAAGUAAGCGUCCAACGAGUGCUUUUCGCUACAGCUAGGGGUGAUCAAAGACCACGGCUGGCACUGGGACCAAAACCAGCAGACAUAGAUACCCUUGCUGGAGUCGAUCAUGUUGCUCGUCAGCGGGCAACUGACGAGUACAUUAUGUGCACUACCGAAGGUUUCAUUGGGCCUGUAUCUUCUUUGAAGCAUGUGACCGGACCUUUGGGUGUUCUGGUGACUGGAGCCACUGGGAGUUUAGGUAGCCACCUCAUAGCGCACCUUGCUCGACUAAAGGAAGUCCAGCAUGUGGUCUGUCUGAACCGACGGGGGCCAGUAGAACCACUACAGCGACAGAAGCAAGCUCUAGCUGAACGCGGGAUUAAUUUGACUACAGACGAGAUGAGCAAACUGAUGGUCAUUGAAGGAGAAGGGGCGGAGCCACGGCUUGGUCUUUUGAGCCAGCAAUAUGACCUCCUCAACCGGACCGUGACGCACAUCAUUCACAGCGCCUGGCCAAUGAACGGAAUGCGAAGCCUAUCCGCAUUCGAAUCUCAGUUCCGCAUGAUGAGAACACUGGUCGACCUAGCCCGUGAUAUUGCCUCGAUGCGGUCUACUGACAGCCGCAUUGGAUUCCAGUUCAUCUCAUCAAUCGGAACGGUUGGCCAUCGGCCAUUAUUGACUGGCGAGAGAAUGGUUCCAGAGGUCUGCAGCACGAUCGACUGGGUUCUGGCAAACGGCUACUCUGAAGCAAAGUUUGUUUGUGAGCACAUCCUCCACGGGACUUUGUUUCAAUAUCCAAACCGGUUCAACGCGAUGAUAGUGCGACCUGGGCAGAUAGCUGGGUCUUCUGCCAGUGGGUACUGGAAUGCUGCGGAGCACUUUCCCGCGGUGGUAAAGUCCGCGCAAACAUUAAAGGUCUUGCCUGGUUUGGAUGGGGUGCUAUCCUGGACCCCAGUCGAUGAUGUCGCAGCUACCCUGUCCGACCUGAUACUCACAGAGAAUCCCCAUUCAAUCUAUCAUAUCGACAAUGCAGUUCGCCAACCGUGGCCUGAUAUGAUUAAGGUUAUUGCGCAAGAGUUGGCCAUCUUACCAGAUAGUGUCAUUCCCUUUCCAGAAUGGGUCCAUCGCGUGAAGGCCUUUCCUGGGACUCGGGAAGACAACCCGGCCAGCGUGAUGGCGGACUGGCUGGGUGACAACUUCGAGCGUAUGUCAUGCGGGGGCUUGUUAUUGGACACGACACACGCGCGUCAGCAUUCGGCGUCGUUGCGGGCCUUGGGUGCUGUCGAUCAUGUGGUGUGUGAUGGGUCGAAACCUUCUUGCUCCAGGUGCCUUCAGUGGAAUCUAUCAUGCCAGUAUUCGGUGACGGAAGAUGGCCGUCGACCGGCUCCCAAGUCAUAUGUCCUGCUUCUCCGGCAGCGUAUUGAAUCCCUGGAGAAAUUACUAAACCAACACGGCAUCGAUAGCAGAGACAGGUCCCGUUCAUCUGAUAGCAGCUUGGAUUGCACAUUGGUGAAUGGUCAACUACACGACGCAUGCUCUGCGAUGGAUUCUCUGUGUGAGACUCUCAAGGGCCAGCUCUCACUGGACGAGUCGUUGAACUUUGACAAAGACGGCGAGAUGCGGUAUUUUGGUCCAACCAGUGGAAGACUCGGCUUUCAGGGCCCUUCGUCAAAGGUUCCGAGCCCAGGGACUGUCUUUACUGUUCCCGAGUUGGACCCGGUGUUCAAAAGCAUUGACGAUUAUCUCGGCUCCACCUUUGCUAAUCCAAAUAUUGGCAACCAAAUUCCUGCAUCGCUCCAGAAUCAUCUCAUCGAUCUCUACUUUAAAUGGGAUCAACCAUGGUAUCCUAUUGUGGAUGAGAGUUUGUUUAGGGAGAGCAUGAGCACACGAGGCCGAUAUUGGACUCCAUUACUUCACUAUUCCGUCCUCGCCCUGGGCUCUCGGUUCUCGGAUAGCUUGGAAGUUCGAACAGACCCUGAUGAUCCUAAUUCAGCGGGACAGGGUUUUCUCAUACAGGCCAAAGAUCUGCUUCAUUCGGAGAUGGAACAUCCGACUCUCGUGACCAUUCAGGCGCUGGGCGUUAUCGGGACAGUUUACUUUGCAAUAGGGAAAGAUGCUGCAGGAUGGCUGCAUCAUGGAAUGGCCGGUCGGCUCUGUCUGGAUAUGGGGUUAAAUAUGGAUCCCGCAGGCUUUGAAGGAACAGUAGCAAUAUCCGCCAGGGAAGCGCAAUUAAGAAGGCAGAUUUACUGGACUUUGUAUUGCCAUGAUAAACUUGCAGCUACUUACACAGGGCGAAUAUGCUCAAUGCUUGAGCAACAAGGAGCCGUCGAACUGCCCUCAGAUAUCGACGAAUCGCAGGUUAACACGAAAACAAUCACUCCAAUCCGGAAAGCCGUAAUACCUCUUCAGAGAUCUAUGAUCAAAAUCUGCCAAAUCACAGAGAAAAUACUACUUUCAAUGUGGGCUCCUCGGCCUCUUGUAAAGGAGCCUGAGCGACCAGCGUUUUUCGAGUCCAGCCUCCUGGCUUUGAGGACAUGGUUUUAUGAUCUUCCUCAGAGGCUCAGGAUUGAUCAACCAAACGAGGUACCUCACGCAUACACGCUGCACAUGAUCUAUCAUACAACAAGAAUUCUCCUGGCCAAGCCAUUUCUCAUACGAUCGGGCUGUGGCGAUAAGCCUGUCGGAAAGGACAACACUGUGGAGCAGGCUCGGUCUGUUUGCAGGGACUCUGCCAAGGCAAUGUGUCUUGUGGCUCAGAAAUACCGCCGUACGUUCGGCAGUUUUCAGCGUAGCCCCAUUUCAGCCAUGCAUUCCACGCUGUCGUGUGCUUGGGUGGUUCUAGAUGAACCGGACUCUCCUUCGAAGCGCAAUCAGUUGAGCAUGUGCUUGACUGUACUCGAUGAACUGGCGACAUCGUGGCAUCCGGCACGACACAUUGCGAACAACCUUAUGAAGCUUUGCUCAUUUGUGUCAACUGGUGCGCCCUCGGAAGGUACCGAUGCUGCGGAAAUACUCGAUGUCGGUAACCCCAUCCGGAACAGAUUUGAAAUGCUGGACGCUUCGAGCGACAGGGCUGUCCUGAACGUUCAUGAUGCUUUGGGCAGCGGUCUCGCUCCGUGGAGCCAAUUGCCAGACGACUAUGGAUACUUCGAUCUGGUAAAUCAGGUAAUGUGGGAUCGUUCAGCAGGAAUUUUAUGA